CCAUGGCUACGUUCCACCAUUCCAACAUCCAUCAAAAUCGAUGGAGUUUGUGACAACUUGAAAGCUCAAAAGACAAAAUUUUGAUCACAAAUUUUGUGAAGAACGAAUUAAGAAUUUCUUUUAAUCGCAUCACUUAUAAUUAAUUUUAAAAUUAUUGAUGAUAAAUUCGCAGAACAAAAUUUUUUUCUAGAGCGCGGGAGAAUCGGCUGGGAUCGUUUGCACUUUUUUAGGUUGGUAAUUAAUUCAACAUGGCGGGCUUUUGUUUUGGUUAGUGUAUUUACCUGUAAAAAAGUCGAUAUUUUGAUAGAUAAACGCGUUUGAAAGCAUUUUUGACAGCAAGGUCUGCUCGAGAUGAGUCGGAAAAAGGCUCGCAGCAGCUCGGAGUCGGGGAGCUCCAGCAAUAGUUCUGGAUCUUCCUCAAGCUCCUCUUCCUCCUCAGGGAGCGACUCGAGCUCUUCCGACUCGGACGGGUCCUCAGCACCGUCGCAGAGGAGCCUUCGCAGCGUCAAAAACCGCGGUCACUCGACAGAUUCGGAGCCGCAACCACCGCCAAAAAAGACAGCGACGCCUGCCGCCAAAAACGCGGGUAAAAAUGCACCGGCGAAAUCGGCGCCAGAUUCUGACAAGAAGGGACAAAAGAAGGCAAACAGCAAGCCGGCGUACACCUCGGACUCGGACGAGUCGGUCGAGGUCAAGCCCAACACAAACAGCUCCAGCAAACAGCGCAAAGUGCCCGCCAAACCCAAGGCGACGGCCACCGUGACGCCUCUCCUCCGCAAGGCGGCCGCCCCCGCCUCCAAGUCCACCCCCAAGGGCAAGGCCAAUGCGAACAAAAUACCCUUCAAAGCGCAGCCCAAGACCAAGAGCAUUUUCAGUCCAGAGCACAGCAGCGAGAGUGACACCCCCGAGGUCUCUGUCAAAGCAAGUACGUCCAAGUCGACUCCUGCCCAAAAUAAGAAUGGUGCCAUCAAGAAACAGCCUCCUAUUAAGGCGGCCUCAAGUGCGAGCAAAAGCAAAGAGCCGGCACCACCACCACCUAGACGAAACACAAGAUACAGUACUUCCUCAACCACCGGAUCUUCAGGCUCUUCUGACAGCAGCUCGGAUAGUGAAUCAAGCACGUUAGCUGUUGCCACUCCACAAAAACGACCCCCGAAGAAACCAACACCUCAAAGCAAAUCACCUUCAAAAAACAAUGCAAGUCGACCACCUGCUUCUGGGAGUGACACAGAGACGAGUCCGACCAAGCAGCCAGUCACACGGAAACUCACCAGAUCUUCAAACGUCCGACGAAAUUCGAAGCCCUCCAAAGCUGCUGCAGUACCUACAGGCAAGAAAGCUCCAGCGCGAUCUGUGACCAAGAAAGGCAAAGGUCGUCCAGCAAGUAGUGCCGAAAUAAGCACCGUCGUUGUUCCAAUAGAGGAACGCAAGUGUCCAGUCAGAAAUUGCGACUCUAGUGGUCAUUUGAGUGGAAGGCAUGACAAACAUUUCACCGUCGAAGCCUGUCCAAUAUUUCACAAUUUGAAACCUCAUCAGUGCUAUGACAUGUAUUUGGAGAGGAAAAAGCAUGACGAUGAGAGGAGAAGAGCUCUGACUUGCCUGGGUCGAAAGUCGCCUGGCAGAACUCAGUCUAUGGAUCAAAAGGCAUAUCAGCAAAAGGUGAAAGACUCGAGAGAUAAAGCUUCUGCUCUUUCCUCAACGGUGGACUCGUCCAAUAGUCUCAACGAAAGUCUGGUCGACUUCAACAGGGAGCCGAAACUGGGCAACGUUGCUUCCGAAUAUGAUCUCAGACUGUUCAUGGAAGCCCAAGCUGCUGCCAGCGACAAAAUGGAGGACGACUUAAAGGGUCUGCCCAGCAACAAAGGCACCAAGUACAUCGAAAUGGGCAAGUUUGACAUGGAGGUGUGGUACCAAAGCCCGUACCCCGAGGAGUACGCAAGCCUUCCAAAAUUAUACCUGUGCGAGUUUUGUUUACGAUACAUGAAAACUAGAAUUGUGCUGAAAAGACAUUUGACCAAGUGCGUUUGGCGGCAUCCGCCGGGGGAGGAAGUGUACAGAAAGGAAAAAAUAUCAGUGUGGGAAGUGGACGGCAAGAAGUACAAAGUGUUUUGUCAAAAUUUGUGUUUAUUAGCAAAGUUUUUCUUGGACCAUAAAACUCUGUACAAUGAAGUGGAGCCGUUUUUGUUUUAUGUGAUGACAACGGCUGACGCGGAAGGCUGUCACACCGUUGGAUACUUCAGCAAGGAGAAAAACUCUUUUCUGAAUUACAACGUGUCUUGCAUCCUCACGCUACCUCCAUAUCAACGACAGGGAUUCGGCCGUCUACUUAUUGAUUUCAGUUAUCAGUUGACGCGGAAGGAAGGCAAAAUUGGAUCUCCAGAGAAGCCGCUCUCGGACCUGGGCCUCAUUUCCUACCGGAGCUACUGGAAGGACGUCUUGUUGGAGUACCUGUGCAACUUCGGCGGCAAGGAGCUGUCAAUUAAAGAUAUCAGCCAAGAAAUGGCCAUCAACUCGUACGACAUUGUCAGCACCCUGCAGGCACUGGGGAUGAUGAAGUACUGGAAGGGCAAGCACAUCAUCCUCAAGAAGCAGGACGUAAUUGAGGAGUACGUCGAGCGGACGAAGCGACGUGGCAAAGUGAAGGAGAUCGACCCGAGCUGCCUGAACUGGACGCCACCGGUGAAUCCGCAGAGCAGAGGGCCUCCCUGAGGUGGAUCUCGGCAGUGCCGAGCGCAGGCACUGUCGCACCAAGACGCCCUUCGCGUGCUCGCCGCGUACCACUGAACGAACUCUUUUUUGCUCCAACUGACCAGAGAAGACUGCGUGCUACUGCAAUCACCAAACUCUGAAUCACACACGUACAUCUAAUUGUUAAAAAAAAGGGGAAAAUGGGACCCGGACGGCUUUUUCAAAGGACGUUAUUUCUCGAGGGCCGUCCGAAGAAUCGUCACCGUUGCUCACACAGAACACAAUCCAAUAUGCUUUUCAUAUUUUUCUCGCAAAGGGCGGCUGACCGUUGUUCUUGUAAAAAUUGUAUAAUUUUUUUUGAAUUUUUUAGUGCCAAAUUGCUUUUAACCGUAAUUUAUUUAAAAAAAUCUAUGCUCAUGCGCAGUUGCCCAAUGUGCGCACGCGCGUUAAAUAACAGUAUUUUCGGAUUUGAUUUUUUUUUUAUAGAAAAUUGCAAGACGGUCGCCGUCAAGUUCAAAGUGCAAAUGAAGCCAUACUUUUGUAGAUGGAAUAGAGUUUUUUAUUGAUUAUAUUUGUAAAUUAAUUAGCAUUAAGGUCUGAAACUGCCGUGCAAUUUAUAAAUCCAGCAGGACAUAUAUUGUUUGUUGUGGCGACCACGAUAUUGUCUAUUUAAACUGUUAAUCGAUCGGAUCGUUAGUUGCUGUCUGCGGGUUAGAGAAAGGCAGGUUUCGGAGAGUUUUCUCCGCGGACCAUCUUUUCGGAGAUGCGGCGCGUGUGCUGCGCGUCUCUAAUUAGUGUCUUUCAGCACCCGGUUCACGCCUCGUCCUUUUCGUAUUAUUAUAAUUACGAUCGUUACGUGCAGCGUGUUGAAUGUUUGCCAGUCUAGAUUAAUUAAUGUCCCUCGUCUCAACAUCACUUUUCUGCCGCCAGCAGUUUCGCCCCAAUACUCGCGCGCUAGCCGUUCCUUUAGCUCACCUUUUCCCACUGUGUAAUUUAAUUGUAUUCAAUAUCAGACUAGAAAAUAAUCACGCAUCUCUCGUAGAAAAUUAACAUCUGAAGGAAAGUCUGAAAUUUUUAAUUUUAUAUAUAAAUGUGUGGACAGUUCCGGCUUGCUUAGAUAUUGAUGUAGUAAUUUUACGCACAAAAUUCAAAAUGUUUCUAGGUUGUAUAUUUUUGUCUUGUAUUUAAGUUUUAAACUUUAAGUUCAAACUCAGUGCAACGUUAAAACAAUCUGGGACCAAAACUUCACAUUGUUGCAACAAUGCAAUUUAAAAUCGGUUCAAAGAAUUUUUCUAUCAAUUCAUAUUAUUUUCUCUGUCGUCUGUAAUUAAUUGCACGCGUUAUUUAAAUAGGUGGGCGUGGCUUUUUGUUAAAUAUGAUGUUGAUUUUAAAUGUGUUGAUCAUGUUUAAUUUAUUUUUGUAUACUUUGUACGUGCGUGCAAUAAACGACUGAAAAAACAUGCUGCUCUCAUUGUUGCGGGAACCACGGCGCAUUUUAACUGCAUUUUUAUGAUUGUGAAACAUUUUUGUCGUUUUUCCUCAAAUUUCAAUAAAUUUUGUAUUGAUCGUACAUGUGUCAAAAUUAAAAAUUUAAUUUUUAAUGUGUAAAUAUGAAAUCAUCGUUUUUAACAAAUAUUUAUGUAUUUCGCCACCUCAGCUUUUGUGGAAGGGAAAAGAAAAAAUGUGAAGAAUAGUGCAAAGCAGACACCUUAUGAAUAUUAUUUUGUACGUUUGAAACGCAUCUCUAGGCCGUAAGUUAUAAGUGAGCAUGUGUUUUAUUAUAUAUUAUACAUUAAAUAUUACACGAAUAAAAAGCAGAAAACGAGCCACGUUUUUGGUACA